UCUACUUCCUUCUCUGUGCUGGGACUCCAUCUGCUUGGACCUGCACAGCUCCUGUACGUGCUGCUGCUACAGUUUCUGUGGGGGUGUGUGGACAGUGGGGAGGUCCAGGGCCCAAGGCUGUGGUAAUCUACAUGAAUCAACCCAGAAGAAUGCAGGCGUCGGCCUCCCAGGAAAAGAACCGGAGGAAGCCAGGCCAUAGUGAAGGUGCUCACAAUCCUGACUAUGAGAACAUAACCUUGGCCUUCAGAAACAGGGACCAGCCCAAACCCAGCCAAUCGACACCCCCAAAACAAGUCAAGUUCAAGCCGUCCCCGGACACAGCCCAGGUCCCCCCUUGGUUGCACAGAAGCAUCAUGAUGCUGUAUGUUCUCCUCGCUCUCAUCUUUUUAUUCUGCAUCAUCCUCUCUGCCUUGGCCCUGGUGAAAAACUUUCAAAUGUCCAAGGAGCUGUGGACCUUGAAAGAAGAGCUUUCGAAUGUUUCAAACACGGUGUGGGACAUCCAGACUCUCCAGAACCAGCAAAAGAGAAUUUGGGAAACUGUUCAGACAGACAUCGAGGAGGUGAAGAGUAACCUUGGCACAGUCAAGAGCAGCAUCCAGACCGGAAAUGACAGGCUGAAGACAGUGCCAGAAGAUAUAACCCAGAUCAAGAAAACCCUUGAGGCGCUGGAGAAGAAGACACAGCCCAAGCCCAGUAAAUGAGAGGACACCACAGUCACACCUGUGAGGACUCCGAAUGGCGCCUGCUGGUGAAGAUGGCAAAUGGGGUGCCCAGCUUGAGUGUGAACCUGCCAUGCAUCUUCAUAUAAAAAAAUUCUCCAUCUGAGAAUUGGGAACGAGUGUUGAAGAGGCGUGUAUGCAAAUGAAUGCUUUGCAGCACAUGGAGUUUCCAUGUAUCCAAGGAGAAGGUUUGAUGGUGGAAAGAGAACAUGGAAGUCACAGCAGGCGUGACUCUUUAUGGGCCACAGAGGUGUAUGCCCUGGCGUAUAUGAGUAUAGGCAUGUCCUGGCUGUUCCCAUGAAGUCCCCAAGGUGUGAGUGACGUGUGGGACGUUCCUCCUCAUUAUCUUGACCAUGUCUGUGUGCAUCUGGUUUAUUUUGUAUGUGUGUCACUGCAGUGGUGGGUAAGGGACAUCAUCCUGGUGAUGUGUCAUGGCAUGGGUCACUCCUAGUGGGCUUGGCCAUGCCGGCUUGUGGGUUCAGAGCACAUACACAAAUGCAGCCAUCGGUUUUUACACUUGUAUUUAUGAUUCAUGAAGAUAAACGCCAAGGGAAAUGA